CUUGAGGUUAAGAGUGCAACACACAUGGAAGUUCUCCACAUCCUCAGCUCAUUUCUCAUCCUGUUCCUCAUUCUGAAAUUCAAGAAUUCAAAACGGCGCCUAGAAGGUGGAUGGAGGGAAGCCCCAGGCCCAUGGAAUCUCCCCAUCAUUGGGAGUCUCCACCUUGUCGUAGGCCGACAUCCUCCCCACCAGUCCUUUCGUAACCUCUCUGCAGUCUAUGGCCCCAUCAUGAGCCUUAAGCUUGGAGAUAUCAAGGUGGUCAUCAUUUCCUCGGCUGAGGCCGCCAGAGAAAUCAUGAAAACACACGACAUCGACUUCGCCUCACGUCCUGUGAACGAGUCAGUGGAAGCCAUCUUCUAUGGUUCCAACAAUAUGGUAUUUGGCCCAUGCAACGAAUUUUGGCGCCAGAUGCGUCGACUAUGCAGCAUGGAGUUGCUCAGCAUAAGACGCGUUCGUUCCUUCAGAGCGGUAAGAGAGGACGAGGUCUCUCAUCUCAUCAGACACAUAGCAGCUUCAUCGGGUGUCGUAGUCAACCUCAGUAGUAAGAUGGCGGAGACCAGCAACAACAUCAUGGCCCGGGCAUCCAUUGGCGGUCGGUGCGAUGACCAAAAGCUCUUUCUAUCAGCACUUAGCGAUGCAGUGGAGAUUUUGUCUGGAUUCACCAUCGUGGAUUUGUUCCCCUCUAUACCAUUCAUAAGGCGUAUCACCGGAUAUCUGAAGGGACUUGAGCAAUGUGGGAAGAAAUUGGAUACAAUGGCUGAAAAAAUUGUUGAAGAACACAAGGAGAAAUGGGCCAAACACGUUUCUAACAACGAUAAUGGGCAGUUGAUGGAAGAGGAUCUCACUGAUGUUCUUCUAAGGGUUCAACGGGAAGACAGCCUUCAGUUCCCGAUCACCAACGACAACAUCAAGGCUCUAAUCAAUGACAUGCUCAUGGCUGGAAGCGAGACGACUUCAACAACCUUGGAAUGGGCAAUGUCGGAGAUGGUUCAAAAUCCUACCAUUAUGGAAAAGGCACAGAGGGAAGUAAGAGAAGUCAUCGGUAACAGUGGCGGACUAGAAAAUCUGGCAGAUGAGAAGUUGAUAAGUGGUAGGCUAACAUACUUGCAAUUAGUGAUCAAGGAGACGCUAAGACUGCACCCACCGGGGCCACUACUACUACCCCGAGAAAAUCAAGAAAGUCAGGUGAUUAUGGGUUAUGUUAUACCAGCCAAGACGAAGGUGAUGAUUAACAUGUGGGCGAUAGGAAGGGAAGAAAAAUAUUGGGGUGAUCCUGAAAGUUUUCGUCCAGAAAGGUUUGAAGAGAACCAUGUAGACUUUAAAGGGGCACACUUUGAAUAUGUGCCAUUUGGUGCAGGCAAGAGAAUAUGUCCUGGGAUGCAGUUUGCGUUAUCCACGUUGGAGAUAAUUUUGGCUCAUUUGCUAUACUAUUUUGACUGGAAGUUUUUGGGAGAGAAAGGGGAGAAACUAGACAUGACAGAAGCCUUUGGUAUCACAGCAAGGAAGAAGGCUCCUCUUGUGUUGUUGCCCACCCUUCGAUUUCCUAUCAAAUCUGCAUCAGUGUGACAUCUGUGGGUGAUUUUAUGCAGUAUUAACCAUGUGUGGAUCAUGGAUUUGACAAAGUGCGACAUGGUAAAAAUGUUGUGAGCAAGAAUAUAAAUGAGGCAAGUUAUUUCAAUGCUUAAUAAUAAAGUUUUAAUUAAAAAUUUGGUAAAUGUGC